AGAGGAGCACCAAGAGCACCGCAAAGGAAGAAGAACAGCAAGCUCGACGGAUACACUUUUCCCCCGCCCCUUCUGACUAUUUAAACUAGCGGCGCUCGCUCUCGCACGAGUUCAUUUCUGGUCGAUCUGUCGACAUCUCUUGGCACAAACGGACACACGCACGUACGGACAUACGCACACCACACAAAACAUACCCUCGUCCGAACUUCAAGUUUCGCCAAUUUUUCCAUGUCCGAAAAAUUUCACGCGGAUAAACCAGUGUCAGUUUUUGAGUGAUUUCCAGGACUUGGCAGUUCGGGAAGUUCUUCGGGAUACUAUCCUGGAAGCCCUGCGGGUUGGUGGUCCUUCGCUCAGGGAUUGAGCACACGCCAAGAUGGCGUGGUCUCGUUCAGAUAUGGUGUGUCUGAAUCUACUUGUGUUUUUUCUGAUUCCAGUGAUAUAUGCAGCUCCCUUAUCAGAGCUUGGAUCGGAUAAUCUUGGAUAUUACCCAGUAUCUGAUCAAACAGGAUGUUACUACAACUUUCAACACUAUGACGAAGGGGACAGGAUAUUCACAAACGAACCAUGUUUGAACUGUACCUGCCACAAUAAAAUGCUCAUGUGCUAUCUGAGAGUUUGCCCAUUCGUUAAAGCUUAUGGAGACAACUGUCGAGUGGAAAAACGUGCUGAUUUGUGCUGUCCAAUCAUCACUUGCCCAGAAGUUCCAGUGCCUUUGAUCCCGUCCAACGAAACACAAAGCACAGACGACACUGCUUUGGGUCGACCAGAAAAUUACGGAUGUACCAUCAAUGGUCUAUUUUACGCUGAUGGUGUCAGGAUACCCGGGGAUCCAGACAAGCCUUGCGAACUGUGUUACUGCAUCAAGAAUAAGACUGCAUGUGUAAUGCAAGAAUGCACGCUGAAAAUUCAUGGCUGCACUCCUGUUUACCACAAAGACAUCUGCUGCCCGAUUCGUUACAACUGCGAUCGCCCUGGCCUUGAAGGACCCACGGAUUCAGAAGGAGGAUUGGUAUUCACUACAACCACAACCACAACAACAACAACAACGACAACCACUACAGCGGCUCCCACAACAACAGAAGCGCCCUCGAGUUGUAUUUACAACGAACAAGUAUAUCAAGACGGCGAACGAUUAGAAAAGAACGAGAAUGAUAAACCAUGUGAAACUUGUUAUUGUAUGAAAGGUCAUAUAGUUUGCGCCGUUCAAGAAUGCGCCCCAACACCAUUAGAGAAAAUCAACUGCACUGCACUACCACCGGUUGAGGGAGAAUGCUGUCCUUCGAUGUACGAAUGCGACAACAUUUCAGGUGAUCUAUCCACGACUGCACCUUCUAGCGAAACAGAUUCCGGGAAAGAAAUUUAUGGCAUCCCAAUGGUUCCUGUCGGCUCAGAAGUUGUUUCCGAAGUUGACACCAGCAGCGAAUCAGAUUCCAAUGUAGAGUCUUCCACUAACCCUCACAAAGAACCGGAGCCGGAAGGAACAACUGCCCGCUUAGCUCAAGCAGAUCUGUCCACCGAAGGUCAAGAACAUUCAUCUGAAACCCCCGAAAUUCCCGAAGAUGGCGUCACAACUUCUAAGCACGAUGAAGAGAACGUUCCCACUAUUUCUUCAGAAUCUCAAGUCACGACAAAUGAACCACAAGAAGGUAAAGGAUCCCAAGUCCAGUAUGAAACAACAACUUCGGUAAUAAAACCAACCGAAAAGCAAGAUGAAGCAAUAACAACAGCUACAUUGCAACACUCUACAGAAGGAGAGAAUACUUCGUCAGACGAUACUGCCGAUGGUGACGAAGAAGAAUCACAUGAAACACCAACUACUAGAAAGAACACUGAAGCUGUAAGCUCAGAAGCAACAACGAUCAGUCAAGUCAGUGAAGAGCAUUCGACAUCUCCUAGCACCGAAAAACAGGAUGAAGUAUACGAUAAUAACGCUAAGCAAACAACUACAACAGAAGGAUAUUCAACAUAUAAAUCAACAUCUGAACCAAUCUCCUAUUCCACAGGAGAGAACUCUGAAGAUUCAUCUAGUGAAGUAACAACCCUACGACAAAACCUCCAAGAAACCACCGAAGUAAGCUCUGCUGAAGCUACUACGCACUCAUCAAACGCUCAAAGUGCCUCAGAAGAAGUUUCCCCUGAGGCUACAACGGAAGCUAAAUUCCCUAACACUGACGAUGACACAGCCCCCACUACACUGUCUCAAGUCGGAGAAGAAGAUAUGGAUAAAAUUACUGAAGCGCCUCAAAUUCAAGCUCAUAUUUCAGAUUUAGAGAAAGAAUCCGAUAAGUCAACAUCUGUACCCGAAGCAGAAUCAAGCUCAUCUCACCCUGAAGAUAGCAGUACAGAAAGACAUACCGAGGAUUCUACCAAAUAUGAAGAUAAAAUUGAAACUGACUCUACUACAUCACCUAAAAUCACUACAGAUACAUCUGAACAAUCAGGAAAAGUGACUGAAUCAUCGCAGAAUGAACAGUCACCUGAAAUUAAUAGUACUGAAUCCCCAAUCGAAAGGAAAACAACAUUAGGCGAAGAAGCGACAACACAAAGCAUUAAAUCAGGGGAAAAUACAGAAACCGCAUUCACAAAAGAUACAUCAGAGGACAAUAAGGAACACGAAACAAUUACUGAGAACAUAAGUGAAGUAUUCAGUUCCACAGAUUCACAAUCGAAUGAAAAGACAACAAUUCCUGAGGAAGAACAUCCUAAAGAAACAACUGAGGCAUCAAGUGAGUCUGAAAUAUUGAACAAUGGCGAUGAAUCUAUGGGUUCGACUACUGUUAUCAGUAUGGAAGCUCCAACUCCAAAGACGCCGGUCCAGGUCGCUGAUCGUAUACCAGAAAUUCCAUCGGCAGAAACUACUAUUGGAGUAGAAGAUAAGGUUGUUACUGAAUCUGUACAAACAAUCGAAAAUGAACAAUCACCAUCGAGCGAAAGUUCACUCCCAACAAUCAGAGAAGAAACAACGGAAAAAGAUGCAUCGGUAAACGAAUCCUUUUCAACGGAAUCACUGAAAGAUCAAUCCGGUAAGUCAACAACAGAAAUAGCACCGAAAAAUCCUGAAAAACAGGAUGUAGAUAGAUUCCAAGGAACAGAGAAGCCACAAGAAUCUUCUACUAACAGUCCAACCGAAGAAGAGAGUACAACCCCGAAAGAAACACAGGAAAUAACUGAAGGAAAACUAUCAACCUCGACCGAAAACUUAUCUGAAGUAACCAGUGACAAUUCUAAAGAAAAUGUCCCAAAUGUUGUAACUGAGAAAUCAAUCGAAGGCGAAUCGAAUCAUUCUGAACCUCAGGAAACUUUCGAAAUCUAUGAAGCGAGUACAACGCCUGAAAUUGAAACUACAGAGUACCAUAUACCAGAAAAAUCUUCCUCAGAAAUUCCCACCUCACCUGAAGCUUCAGGUGGCCAGACAACGAUGCAACCAUCAAUAUUAGUAGAGAGCUCAACUGGUAGCCAAUCUACCUCAAAUGAGGAACCCAUUUCGACUACUGGAUCUGAGGCAGAUGCAGAUGUUGCAACUGAAAAAUCAACAGCAGCUUCAACAGAAUCUACGGAAACUCAAAAACCACGUACUUCUUCCACAACUUUGGGCUAUGAAUUAGAUAAAAAUUCUGCUCAGAUAACUACUGAAAGUAUUGCUCAAUCUGAAACAACUGAAGAACGUCUGGUUCCAGGAGAAGGCAGUUGUUUAGUCGAUGGAAUAACCUACGAGAACAAUGCUCACAUUGAACCAAUUAACCAGUGCCAAGUAUCCUGUAAGUGCAUUAACUCUAUCGUUAAAUGUGAAUCCAUCACCUGCGAUCCUCCUGCUGCCGAUUUACAAAAUUGUAUGGCUGUCUAUCCAGGACCUGAUAGCUGUUGUCCUAUAUACAAUUGUGCAACCCCUGGAGAUCAGUCUAUGGAAUCCGGCAGUCAGAAGAAAGAACAUGAAAUUCAAGGAUCUCCUGUGGUCACCGAAACAUCGGCUUCCGAAACAACAGAAACAAGUUUCAUAACUACAAGCUCUUCAAGUGUGGAUGACGAGAAAGAAAGCUCAACUGACUUGAUCCAAGGAUCUCACAACGACAUCACAACUAUCAAAUCCAAGGUGUCAGAGUUAACAGAAGAACCUGUCCAAGAAUCAACCACUCUACCUUCUAAGGAAUCUGAAAGUUCAUCAACCGGCGAACAGGCAUCAGUCGAGAGUAGUGAAAAAGAAACUGAUGAAAGUCUGACGGAAUCAAGUACAGGAGAUGAUAAUUUGAAUCAAACCAGUGGUGAUGAUAAGGAAUCAGAUAUCAAAGAAGGUGAAAGUUCCACAUCAUCCAGCAGAGGCACAUCAGAUGAAGUAACCAUAUACAUAGGCGGUUCACCCAGCACUGAUGCUUCAGAUUACGAUGGCAGUUCCACAUCUAAACAAGAAAUCUUCACUGAAAGUGUUACGGAACCUGAAGUAGCAUCAGAAGAUAAGAUUUCUCGCACUACCACCAUUGAAACAAGUGAGGGCGCCACAUCUACCGAAACUCCGCAACAAGAGUUAUCAGGAACUCAAAAGAACGAAGAAGAAAAUACAUCAUCUUCCACUCAACAAUCAAUCCCUGUAGAAGAUGACAAGGUCAGCAUAAAACCAAAUCAACCUUCUGAUGGAGAAGCAUUGACAGAUAAAACUACUCGUCCUGAAGAGACUUCUGAAAGAGUGGUAGAAGAUGAUAAUAAAGAAGACACAACAGUUUCUGGAGAAGAGAAACCUUUUACCUCCAGACCAAGCAUAGAGCAACAAUCGACCGAAAUUACUGCAAGUGAAAAAUUGAACGAAGCAGAAAUAACAACUCAAAGAUCGGGUUACACAACUUUGAACGAAAUAUCUUCUCAAGGUGAAACCUCCACCGAAAAACAAUUGACUGAGGGACAAACGCCCUUCACGUCGCCUACUAUUGUUGACGACCAUAAAGUAUCAGAGAAAGUGCCAAAUGGAGAUAUGAAUGAACCCUAUACAAGCAAGCCAUCAGUGGAACAAAACGAGGUGAGCCCAUCCAAUACAGCAGAUCUUGAUGAUGCGGCAAUCUAUGAUGGCGAUGAUUUCGAAGAGGAGGAACAUGUUGAAACUUCCAGUACGAAACAACAGCCUGUAGAGGAAGUGGUUUCUGUAUCAUCCCCUGCAACUCCAGCAAGCGAAGAGCCGAGUUUCAUAGUAACAGAAAAACAAAAUCCUGAAGAAGAAAUCAAAGGAAUUGACGAAGUGAGUGGAGAAGAAACUACUGAGCCCGAGCACGUUACAAUUCCUGACGAUACUAAGCCUGAAAUGCCUGAAAAUGAUAAUUUGGUAACGGAAGCUCCGAGUGAACCUUCAAGCCCUGAUGAAAAACUUGAAACCACAACUCAACAUAUUCAGAGAACAACAGUUUCAUCCGAAAAGGAUUCAACCAGUGAGAAGGAAGCCCACGGAGGUACCCUUAAACCAGUUUCCGAGUUAGAGUCAUCUUCUCACGUGAAUGACUUGGAUAGUGGUGUGGAGAACACCAGUAGUGAUUUACCGAAAGAAAUAUCAACCGAAACGCUACAUUCAACAGAGAAACAAGUGAUUGAAAACCAAGAUACCUCGACAGAAUCUGCUGAAAGUACUACUGAUAUCAAAGACAAAAACUCCAUUGAGGUCUCCACCGUACCCGCUCAUACCGAAAAAGACACAGUUUCGAGUAUCUCUGAAGACUUAAAAACGACCACAGUUGCACCGAAAGAAAUAGUGACUGAACAUUCGGAAGAAAUUUCAACCUCUGCUCCUUCAGAAGAACUUAGUGUUGAUCAAGAAAAUAAAGAUACUACUGAAAAAUCUGUCGAGACAACAGAAUCUAUGGUUGGAAAGGUCACUGUAGGCACUGUAGAUGAGAGUGUAUCCUCAUCUUCGUCUGAAGGAAUCUCUGGAGAAGUCACCACGGCAACUACUAAAGAAACUUCAACUGAAAACGAAUCUUUGGGACAAGUUACUAAAGAAACACCAGAAACAUCUUCAGAAUCUAAUGAAUCUUUCCCUACUUCGAGAAAACCUGAAUCUGAAGAAAAUAAUGUAUCUAUCGAAAUAAAUGAGGAUCGACCAACAACACAAAAAUUCUUGGAAAUAACUGAAACAAGUUCUACUGAACCUGAGCAUCAUGUGACUGAAGUUUCUGAGCAAAAACCAGUAGUUUCGGAUAAAGUAAGUGGAGAUGCAGAUUCUCAGAAUCCAACGGAGUCGAGUGAACCAAUCGAUGCGCUUGAUAAACAAAUCACUGAAAGUCCCCAAGGAGCAGUCAGUAGUUCUACAGAAAUACAACAACAGGAAAAAAUCGACUCCACAUCAACUGAGCAAGGUUCAACUCAAAAACCAGAAUCUUCAUCAGAAACAGUUGAAGAAGUAACAAGUAAGGCAUCAGAGGUUACUCCAGAGCAAAGUUCAACUGAAAAAUCAGAAUCAUCAUCAGGAUCAGUUGAAGAAGUAACAAGUAAGGCAACAGAGGUUACUCCUGAUCAAGGUUCAACUGAAAAAUCUGAAGCAACAUCAGAAUCAAUUGAAGAAGUAACAAGUAAGGCAUCAGAGGUUACUCCAGAGCAAGGUUCAACUGAAAAAUCUGAAUCAACAUCAGAAUCAAUUGAAGAAGUAACGAGUAAGGCAUCAGACGUUACUCCUGAUCAAGGUUCAACUGAAAAAUCUGAAUCAUCAUCAGAAUCAGUUGAAGAAGUAACAAGUAAGGCAUCAGAGGUUACUCCUGAUCAAGGUUCAACUGAAAAAUCUGAAUCAUCAUCAGAAUCAGUUGAAGAAGUAACAAGUAAGGCAUCAGAGGUUACUCCUGAUCAAGGUUCAACUGAAAAAUCUGAAUCAUCAUCAGAAUCAGUUGAAGAAGUAACAAGUAAGGCAUCAGAGGUUACUCCUGAUCAAGGUUCAACUGAAAAAUCUGAAUCAUCAGAAUCAGUUGAAGAAGUAACAAGUAAGGCAUCAGAGGUUACUCCAGAGCAAGGUUCAACUGAAAAAUCUGAAUCAUCAUCAGGAUCAAUUGAAGAAGUAACAAGUAAGCCAACAGAGGCUAUCCCUGAGCAAGGUUCAGCGGAAAAAUCUGAAUCAUCAUCAGAAUCAGUUGAAGAAGUAACAAGUAAGCCGUCAGAGGUUACUCCAGAGCAAGGUUCAACUGAAAAAUCUGAAGCAACAUCAGAAUCAAUUGAAGAAGUAACAAGUAAGGCAUCAGAGGUUACUCCUGAUCAAGGUUCAACUGAAAAAUCUGAAUCAUCAUCAGAAUCAGUUGAAGAAGUAACAAGUAAGCCGUCAGAGGUUACUCCAGAGCAAGGUUCAACUGAAAAAUCUGAAGCAACAUCAGAAUCAAUUGAAGAAGUAACAAGUAAGGCAUCAGAGGUUACUCCCGAUCAAGGUUCAACUGAAAAAUCUGAAUCAUCAUCAGAAUCGGUUGAAGAAGUAACCAGUAAGUUAUCAGAGGUUACUACUCACCAAUCCGUAGGAGAGUAUCACCCAACAGAAUCAUUACCUGACGAUUCCUCAGAAAAGGACACGACAUUGGAACAAACGACUGAUCAACACAUUCCUGAGUCAACUAAUUUCGAUAAAAAGCCGGACCAAACCACAACACCAAGAUCAUCUGAAUCGACUGAAUCUAUUGUAUCCAGCCAAGAAGAUGAAAAAGAAAUAAGCACGACUGAAAAUAAUAAUCUACCGACUGAAGCUGAACAAAAUGAGAUCGAUAAACAAGACAGUAAAGUCACAACUACUGAAAAAGUAUCAGAGGCAACUGAAGCAAUCGACGAACCAUCCCAACAUUCAACUGAAUCUGAACGUAAGAAAGAGGAUCUUAGCACCACCCCAAAACAAUCGGAAACUACUGAAUCUGGAGUAUUAGUAGAUAAGGAAACCACUUCGACAGCCUCCGAACAGGAUAUUCAUCAAACGACCGGAACUCCUGAAGAGGAUGUUAGUACACAAGAGUCUUCGGAAGAAAAAACAACAGUGGGUAAAUCAGCAAGUUCAACAACCCAUAAAUAUUCAACCGAAGUUGUUGAACAAGAAUCGACAGAAUCUUCUGUUGAUAAAAAUAGUGAACAUGGGUCAGACGAUCUCGUGAAAUAUUCAACCGAACUGCCCAAAUUAGAAACAACUGUGACCUCGAUUGUAGAACAGGAAACGAAGAAAACAACUGAAAAAUCUGUUGACUCUACUGAACCUUCCGAAGGAGAACAGGAAGGAAAUGAACCUUCGACAGAGUCUGCUAAACAUGAAUCAACUGAAUCAAGUUCAGUUGAAUCUCUUGAAAAUGAAGGAACUGAGUUGACUGAAGAAAAAAAUAAAGUAACAACUCAAAAAUCAUUGGAAUCAACAGCAAUUACUCAGUCGACUGAAAAACCAGGACAUGAAUCACAGGAAGCUUUAUCAGAAUCUACCUCAGAUCUAACGACGUUGUCGCCAGUACCAGUGAAAGACGGAGGGUCCGAAUCAGUUACAUCUAGUUCUGAAGAUUUGUCGACUAUAGCAUCCCAUUCAUCAGAAGAACCUACUACCAAAGCUGGAACAACUGAAAAAUCUGUGAUCUCUGAACAAUCAACUGAACGAGUGGAAUCUGUGGAAACAGAAACCGAGAAAAUAGAACCCCAAGAAACAACAGUUUCUCCGCUAUCUGAACUCACUUCAUCACCAAUAGAAGAAAAUAAACCCACAACAGCGGUGCCAACAGAACAUGCAGAGAAUGGCGAUUCUUCUCCGACAACAAUUCCAAACGAAAUUGUGACUAGUCCAAAAUCUGUGUAUAAAGAACCCGAAACAACUACUGAAGAAAAAAUUGAAGAAUCUUCCUCGGUAACCGAUCAAGAAGCAUUACCAAGUCCAACAGAAACAGGUUCACAUAUUUCUUCAGAAUCUUCAACGCAAAUUCCAAAGGAAGAAACUACAUUGAAAUCUGAAGAAUUCACUGAUGGUUUCAUCAAAUCAUCGACUGAAGUAGUAACAGAAACAAACAGAGAUGUAACAACGUCUACAACAGAAAAAAUUGAAUUGACCACAGAAGAUAACGUUUCAGAAGAUAUUAAAACAGAAAAAGCUGAAAUUCUCUCAUCUGAAAAAGAGAAGGAUGUUUUUAGUCCAAUUGACGAAUCUUUCAGUGUUACAGAGAGUAAAGGAACAGAAGCGGUUUCACCUACCACUGAGGCCACAGUUGACAAAGAAUCUGACCAUGCUGUUCAAAUAAGUACCAGCGAUGAGAACGAUAAACUAACGACCAUCAAGGUUUCUGAACCAGAAGCCACAACCACUCGUGCAAACUCAGAAAGUGUAGUCACCGAGCAAAAUAUAGUUUCAACAUCUUCCGAAGGAACUACUUCAGAGAAACCUUCCGUUAUUGACGGAAAAGAAACGGUACCUGCUGAAGAAACUGAGAAAGAAACAACAACAGAAUUCGUCAGAAAACCAAUUGAAACUGAAGUAACAACAUCUAGAGAUAUUCCAGAACGGGAAACUUAUCGACCAUCAACACUUUCACAUUUCAUUCCUACCGUCACUACUACAACAACGGCCGAACCUGAGAAACUUCCAAGUCUUCCGGAUUACUCUGAACCAGACUACGAAGAAAACGGAGAUGAGUUUGGGCCUGGAACGUGCCGUUAUGGAGGAAAAGUCUAUGUGUCGGCGCAGCAGAUUCCAAGAGACGAUCCAUGUGAUUUCUGCUUCUGUUUCAGAAGUGAUAUCAUUUGCUUGCAGCAGAGCUGUCCACCGCCCAUCAGGAACUGUCACCAAGAGCCGAUAAGAGGAUUCUGUUGCCCAAGAUACGAGUGUCCUGUUAGCAUGGCCUUAUCGAUGAACGUCACUACCACAACAACUACAACAACUACCACACUGCCGCCUCAUUUCCUUUCUCAUGCUUACAAAGGUAAAGCCGUGAAGGCUGGAUGUUUGAUCAAGGGUCAGGCAUAUCAAGUGGGCGAUCUUGUACCAUCUGCUUCAGGACCAUGCCUCCAGUGCAAAUGUGGAGGCCAUGGACAAAUGGAGUGUAAUCCUGUAGUUUGCAGUCCGAGCCCUAUGUUGGAGCAGAUGUUGACAGUUGCCGCGACGUCGAAGAGGAGAAGAUGAAUCUAAAGUUCCUAACAACGAAUAGUGACAACCGUACAGUCUAAUGGGCUAGUACAAGUGAUACAGACUUUUUUUAAUUGAAGAAUAUCGUGACGGGACUUGAAACCACUGCGUAACGCAUUCUUGGGUGCCAAAAACAUAUUGAACUGUUGUUUCUUAUUGAAGAUGUGCCUUCCAGGAAUUGACCGGAUCAAACCAGUCAAUUUCCACUUGAAAAGUGAUAGGGCGACAUUUCAACCAAAAUACAGAGCUGGUUCCGCAUCUACAAUCAAAUGUUUUUCACUUACAACAUGGACUUCUCUCAAACUCACCGAAGGAGUUGUGAUAUCUUAUGUAAAAAAGGGAUGAUCACCAAUGCUAAUUCGAAGAGUGUGGAAGCCUAGUACUUGCAAUUUUCAUUAUUCUAGUCCAAGUGAUCGGUUUUUAACCGAUGACGAAUUUGUUGGAAGUUUAAAUUAGUAAUCUGCAGUUUCCCUUGCCUUUUAUUUAAAUCUAAUCAAUAUAGGAAAAGUGCCAGCUCUGAAUUAAUUUAAAACAACUAAGUUCGUAUAUUAUUCUGGAUUAAGGUGAUAACAUAUUACAACGGAACGACUGAAAUGCAAAUUUUACACUUUUGUAUCUAGGAUCUUUUAGACAUCCCUUUCGAUGAGCCAUUUUACAUUUUACUGGGCCCUUUUUUAGUAUAAAUUUGUUGCGUAUCCGCAUCGAGAUCUAAACUGUUUGACUGGCAGAAGAAUAUUUUUAUUUCUAUCAAAUUUUCACUUUUCUAUUAGGGACUUGUUCUGCCACUUGAACGUUUAGACUAUCAUUUGUAUAUUUAUGGAUGCUCAAUAUUAUUAUGAUUAAGUAGAUUAUGUAGUAUUUAUCUCUUGAAAUGAAUAAAUUAUGUAAAUGAUUAAUA